CCAGGGAGGGGAGAGUGAAGCUGUGGUCGAUAGAGACGUCGUCGUCUCUGGCACGCCCGGCGACAGCUCCUCUGCCAAAGAGCCGCGUAAACACAAACGCUUGUCGGGUGCUGCUCGCAAGAGGUUCCGCAGGCUUAUGGGCGACGGGGUAGCCAAAGAGCAAGCCCUGUCAAUGGCCCGUAAGCCUAGGGCGGACAUCCCUGUGGAGAAGCCGGCCACGGAGAAAGGCCCUGUAAAAAGGGUCCGCUCUGAGGACGAUUCUCCACAGGGAUCAGCGAAAAAGGUCCCGAAAAUCCGCGCUGAUACCUCAGGGGAGCUUCGGCAUCCUAGCUUCCGGGAGGUAGCGGGGUCCUCACGAGUAGGGAUCCGUAAUUCGGACCCUAUGAGUGAGGAUCAAAUGAAGUCGGUCCACCGGCACCUAAAUCUCGCCAUGGUUAAGCAAUGGGCGAAUGCGAAGGGCGGUGCACCGCAGUUUCUGGGCUUCAUUCACAAGACAGGCUGGAUACUUGUGACCUGUGUCAACCAGGUUAGCAGGGACUGGCUUGUGAAGGAAGUCCCGAACCUUAAGCCGUGGCCGGAGGCGAAACUCUCGGUCAUCCCUGAGGGUGAAUUGCCCAAACCAGCCACGGCUAUCACCUUCAUUCCGGAGUCCGAGGCGGCCUCUGUGGAGGAAGCCUUAGCGCUGUUCAGGGUCCAGAACUUUGGCCUGAACACAGAACUCUGGAAAGUUCUCGGGGAGAAGGCUGAGCAGGGUGGCAGGGUGGUCACUUUCGCUCUGGAUGAGCCUUCUGCCGAGACCCUUAAGGCCAAUGGUGGAGAAGUAGCCAUUGGCUUUAAGAAGGUGCUGUUCCGGCUAAAAGGGGGGCCAAAUGCUCCCCCAGCACAGCAGACGAAGCAGCAACCUCAGCCCCUCGCUGAACCUACUCCUGGGCCAAGUACCAUGGUACCUGACAGCCGAAACCCUAUACCCCAGGGCUCCCGUGGCCGUGGGGGCGGGCAACCGGCAGCCAGAGGCACAAGGGGCGCGACGAGGGGCAUGGUACCCGGACGGGCCAGACCCACAACCUCAGCAACAGGAGGACCUCAAGGGACUCCUAGUGCGAGAGGCAGGGGAGGGCCACAACGGGUCACCAAAAGGGCCAAAUAAAAGGCGUUGGCCCUAUGGCACCCGCGAGGGUCCUGCAAGCGAACAUCCAUCAUGCAGCAGCUGCCACGGCCAUUGUUGAAAGCCGGCUUGCAGGACACGUCGACCUCGCAUUACUUCAAGAACCUUGGGUGCGAAACUCAACCAUACUAGGACUGAACUCGGUUGGUAAAGUUUUAUACAAUACUAACGGAAUUAAGCCUAGGGCUUGCAUUGCUUUUGGCAAGAACAUUGACUUUCUACCUGUUCCAGAGUUAUGCACAGACGACCUGGUAGCAGCGUAUGUAAAUCUCAAGGGAUGGAGCGGGCAGAGGAUUAUACUUUGCUCGGCAUACCUCCCUGGAGACAGGAAUGACCCCUCUGCGGAACUCACAGCCGUGGCCGACUAUGCCCGCAGACACAACGCAGAAAUUCUGGUGGGAUGCGACGCUAACGCCCACCACACCAACUGGGGAAGCACUGACAUCAAUGAUAGGGGUGAGUUACUACAUGACUUUCUUCUAUUCAAUAACUUCCAAAUUCUAAACAUAGGAUGUACACCCACCUUUGUCACUAGGGUUAGGAAGGAGGUUUUAGACUUGACUUUUGCAUCCUCAAAUCUAGCCAGGCAUAUACAGAACUGGAGGGUAAGUGAUGUGGAAUCGCUGUCAGAUCAUAAGCACAUCUGUUUUAAUAUAUGUUUUUCUCUCAGUGUUCAAACGGUCACCUUCAGGGAUCCCCGGAGGACGGACUGGGAGGGCUACAGGAGCAGCCUAGAACGUAAUCUGGAAUCCGCAGCGAAGGUGAUAAAAACGAGGGAGAGUUUAGAACUUGCGGUAGAGGUGGUCUCAAAUGGCAUUGUAAGUGCCUUUGAAGAAAACUGUGCUCCCAAGGUCAAAUCAACUAAACGUGUGGUCCCAUGGUGGAACUCCAACCUCAGGAGGCUCAGGGCCAAAGCACGCAAGUUAUUCAAUAGGGCUAAGAGGACAGAUGAGUGGGAGGUCUAUCGGAAAGCCCUAAAUGAAUACAGUAAAGAGAUUAGGAAAGCUAAGAGAGCGUCAUGGAGGAGGUUCUGCGAGGACAUUGAAAAUACGCCUCAAGGAGCGAGACUUCACAGGAUACUCUCCAAAGCUAGAAGUAAUCAAGUGGGCCUUCUCAGGAGGCAUGAUGGCUCCUUCACUGCUAGUGAGACGGAGACUCUGGAGCUCUUAGCUGAAACUCACUUUCCAGGGGCAGGACAGUCACACGAGCCCCAGGUGGUCAGAGGCCUGCAUAGGCCCUGCCCGGAGGACUGGAGGCAGGCUGCCCUCGUCAUAAGACCCGGGAUAGUGAGGUGGGCCAUAAGCUCGUUUAAACCCUACAAGACGUGCGGCCUGGACGGAGUAAGCCCUGUGCUAAUGCAGCGAGGAGCUGAAGUCCUAAUCCCGCAUUUGGUUAGAAUCUUCAGAGCUAGCUAUGCCUGGGGACAUCUACCAGAACAGUGGAACAAGGUCAAGGUAUUAUUUAUACCGAAGGCUGGGAGGAAGGAUUACGCGUUAGCCAAGUCCUUCAGACCCAUCAGCCUCUCCUCGUUCCUCCUUAAGACCUUGGAAAAGGUAAUUGAUAGGUACAUCAGGGAGAGCUGUCUUCUGAGUAAACCCAUACACGACAGCCAACAUGCUUACCGUAGGGGCAGAUCUACAGAGACUGCCUUGCUGGAGCUGGUUGACAGAGUGGAAAGGGC